GCCGCGAGAGGCUGGGCGCGGCGCGAUCCGCUCAGCCCGGGGCUCCAGCCCGCUCUCCCGUGUCUCUGCCGGCCCUCCCCUCACCCGCUGCAGCGCCAAGGCCAGGAGACCCUCGCGGGCCGGCUGCCAGAACCCGCUAGGCACAGCUCGCGGACCUCGCCAGCUCCGUCCGAUCCGCUCAUUGAGAGCCGGGUCUUUUACCGGAGCCCAGACCCCACGCCUUCUCCAGCUCGGAGCCCCGGGCAGCGCCAUGGAGAAGAGCGGCGAGACCAACGGCUACCUAGACAGCACCCAGGCGGGGCCCGCGGCGGGGCCCGGCGACCCCGGGACAGCGGCCGGACGCGCGCGGCGCUGCGCCGGCUUCCUGCGGCGCCACGCGCUGGUGCUGCUCACGGUGUCCGGCGUGGUGGCGGGCGCCGGCCUGGGCGCGGCGCUGCGUGGGCUCAAGCUGAGCCGCACACAGGUCACCUACCUGGCCUUCCCCGGCGAGAUGCUGCUCCGCAUGCUGCGCAUGAUCAUCCUGCCGCUGGUGGUCUGCAGCCUGGUGUCGGGCGCCGCCUCCCUCGACGCCAGCUCUCUCGGGCGCCUGGGCGGCAUCGCCAUCGCCUACUUCGGCCUCACCACACUAGGCGCCUCCGCUCUCGCCGUCGCUUUGGCGUUCAUCAUCAAGCCUGGAUCUGGCGCGCAGACGCUACAGUCCAGCGACCUGGGUCUGGAGGAGACGGGGCCCCCACCAGUCCCCAAAGAGACAGUGGACUCGUUCCUCGAUCUGGCCAGAAACCUGUUUCCCUCAAAUCUUGUGGUUGCAGCUUUCCGUACGUAUGCAACCGACUACAGAGAGGUGACUCACCACACGAGCGCUGGAAACAUAACCCGUGAAAAGAUCCCCAUUGGCACCGAAAUUGAAGGGAUGAACAUUUUAGGAUUGGUCCUUUUUGCCCUGGUGUUAGGAGUGGCCUUGAAGAAACUCGGCUCUGAAGGAGAAGAGCUCAUUCGUUUUUUCAAUUCCUUCAAUGAGGCGACGAUGGUGCUGGUGUCAUGGAUUAUGUGGUACGUACCUGUGGGCAUCAUGUUCCUGGUUGGAAGCAAGAUUGUGGAAAUGAAGGACAUCAUCGUGCUGGUGACCAGCCUGGGGAAAUACAUCUUCACAUCUAUACUGGGCCAUUUUAUUCACGGAGGAAUUGUUCUGCCACUUAUUUAUUUUGUCUUCACGAGAAGAAAUCCAUUCAGGUUCCUCCUGGGCCUCCUCACACCAUUUGCAACAGCAUUUGCCACGUGCUCCAGCUCAGCAACCCUGCCCUCUAUGAUGAAGUGCAUUGAAGAAAACAAUGGUGUAGACAAGAGGAUCAGCCGGUUCAUCCUCCCCAUCGGGGCCACUGUGAACAUGGACGGCGCAGCCAUCUUCCAGUGUGUGGCCGCGGUGUUCAUCGCCCAGCUCAACAAUGUGCAGCUGAAAGCAGGGCAGAUUUUCACCAUUCUAGUGACGGCCACAGCGUCCAGCGUUGGAGCAGCAGGCGUGCCAGCUGGAGGGGUCCUCACCAUCGCCAUUAUCCUGGAGGCCAUUGGGCUGCCCACUCAUGACCUCUCUCUGAUCCUGGCUGUGGACUGGAUUGUGGACCGCACCACCACCGUAGUGAACGUGGAGGGCGAUGCCCUGGGUGCCGGCAUCCUCCACCACCUGAAUCAGAAGGCGAUGAAGAGAGGGGAGCAGGAGCUGAGCGAGGUCAAAGUGGAGGCCGUCCCCAACUGCAAGUCGGAGGAGGAGACGUCGCCGCUGGUGACACACCCAAACCCCGCUGGCCCUGCAGCCAGCACCCCCGAGUCCAAGGAGUCGGUUCUGUGAUGGGGCUGGGCUUCCAGCUCACCUGCCGAGGAAGCCCGCCCUGUCGGUCUGACCGCCAGACCUGGGCACCGCCCCCGCCGACUUUUAGCCUCCCGAGCAAUGCUUUGGCCCAGUCACCGGUUUGAGGAUUAUUUCUCAGGACAGGCAUUGGGCUUCCCAGCGGGAACUGGUUCCCGAGGACCGGGACACUCUGACAUUUGGCUUGACCGUGUCCAGGUGCAACUGUGUGUACCCAGGCUCUGUUUGGAAACACACCCUCGAGCUGCCAGGC